ACUUUUGCGAAAGUUGAAGCCUUGAUUAUGAAUCCUGUAGAGUCAAACCACAGAUGAUUUUUCUCUGCUAAAUUAUUCCAACUUUUGGUUCGUUUGAUCUUUUAUUAGAUCAAAAACCCGGUCCGUACAAUUUCUUCCCCUCUCCGUAAAACAGGAAAACUGAAGAAAGCGAAGUAGAAGAAGAAAUCGGUGAAUCGCCAUGAGCGAUGAAGGUCCGAAGCUCUACACCAAUAAACCCAACAAGGCUCAGGUGAAGCAAGCUCAAGCCAAGGCGAAGGACUUCACUGUACCUCCAUCGUCAUCAUCAUCGGCAUCGCACGGCGGUUCUGUUCCUCCGCCGCCGCCGCCGAAGGAAUCCUUCGUUCGGCGGAACAAGUUUCUCUGGCCGCUUCUCUUGACCGUCAAUCUCGCCGUCGGAGGUUAUGUAUAUUUUAGAACCAAGAAAGAUAACACAUCCCCAUCAAGUGAAGAGACUGAGACCGAGACCAAGACUGUUCCUCCAUUAUUGGUUACCGCAGAAAAACCUCAUUCUCUGGCUGUAGCUGCAGAGCCAGUGAAGGCACGUGAGCCAAUACCGGAGAAAGAACAACGAGAGCUCUUCAAAUGGAUGUUGGAUGAGAAAAGGAAGGUGAAACCGAAAGACCCCGAAGAAAAGAAGAGGAUGGAUGAAGAGAAAGCGAUUCUGAAACAAUUCAUCAGAGCCAAAACCAUUCCCAACCUCUGAUGAUCAAUCGACAGCUUCCAUCAAUUGAGUUCUUGUGGUUUGAUACAGAAACCACUUGCUGUUUGAUGUUGGGUUCAGUUUUUGGUCAUGUGGGUAUUAAGAUUUGUUGCUUUCUGAACAUGUUUCAGUCACACUUGAUGAUGGAUGUUCUUUGGUUAACUUAUCCCAAUGAACACAAUGUAUCUUUCAUGUAUAUAUGUGUGUAUAUAGUACAUGUAUAUGUAUAUACACGUAAUGUUUCCAUAGUA